CCUCGAGAUCCGCCAUGGCGCCUAUCUCCGUAGUCACAUAGACACACGUACGCACACACACACACACACGAACAAGCACACACAAACACACACCGGGCUCGCGACCGCGGGAGGGAGAGAGUGCGUGGUGCCAAAAAAAAACUUCAAAAAUAUCGCGUUUGACCCGAAAAUCGGAACCAAACGGCCAUCCAGAUCGACCUCACUGGGAAUAUACCUUCGCUGACUUCCUUCCGUGAGCAAGACAGUGCUAUAGAACCCCCAUCCGUCGCCAGAACCCAGCAGGAGAGCCAUGAGGUUCAGGUUCAACCCCAAAACAGGCCGUCUUGGCGCCGUCUUAGGGGUCUCCACGCCGCCGCAGCUCCCCAACAACCUGCCUGUGCACAUCCGAGGGGGCGCCGUGGACAACAUCCUCUACUCCCUCACCAUCUUCGUCUGCGCCGUCGGGUUGGCCGAGUGCUUCAGGGUCUACUACGUGCUGUCGUACCCGCAGAAGACCGAGGGAGAAGAGUAGAAAGGGAGGGAGAAGAGAAGAAAGGGAGGAAGAGGGAGAGGAAGAG